CCUUGGAAAUACAACUUUUUUAUAUAUCAUGCUGAUUGUCACCCAGUGUAACUAUGGUUUAUAGUUAUUUUGAUUCCUAAUAAGGCAGAUGGGUGUCUUUUUAACCAUUGUCUCUCUUGAUACUCUCCGAGAACUUGACUUGAAAGGGUGACCACUGAGGACAAUAAAAUUGCCAUCUAAAUUAAUACAUGUACCGUUAUUACUGAAUAUCAAGUCAAUUGGUAAAUCUGGGAGUUACUUAUAACAUGGACUCCGAACUAGAGGUCUAAAUCUGAAGUAAUGGCAGGAGUGAAUCAUGGCCGAGGACUGAUGCUGGCGGUCAGUGCAGGUGUCAUGGCAGCCCUCGGUUCUGUCUCAGCCAAACUGGCCACUAGUGACCACAUCAUUAUGGACAUCUGUCAAAUCAUCAUUAGGAGUGGCAUUUGCCACCAGCUGAGUCUUGUGAUGAGGAUUUUGUUUUUUGCUCUGAUAUUUGUUUGUAAUGGCAUGAUGUGGACUCUUUUUACCAAGUCCCUCCAGUUCUGUUCGUCAACAGCUGAAGCAACAGUUACAAACACAGCCUCCAACUUCCUUAUCAGUGCCUUGAUGGGAGUAACUCUGUUCAAUGAGACCCUCUCCCUGCGAUGGUGGAUUGGAGCCAGUUUGAUUGUUACAGGACUUCUGCUGAUUCACAGGGCAAAUAGAAAAGAAAGUGAAGAGAAAAAUAAAACAGACUGAUUUCCAGAUGUCAUGACUUUUCCCCCCCA